GUCACUUGGAAAUCGGCAAAGUAGGUCAUUUAGUAGUGGACCUAUUGCACAAAUCAGGAAGUUGGCAGAGGUCACUUACCAUUCCUAAGCUGGAUUUUCUCUUGAUUUUUUUCUGGUAUUCUCUACGUCUGCAGAAUUGCCUAUUGAACCAACUUCUAUUAACAACAACAGUAAAAACUACUCCUAAAACAAGUAGCUGUAAUCACCAUUUUAAAGAACAGUUAUAGCUGUUUCUGCAUAUUUUAAAAAUAUAAUUAUACAGCAGAAAUUCUUAAAAAUGAAAGGUCUUUUGGUGUGCUGUGUAAGUGGGCUUAUUUUUAAUUAGCUAGAAAAGCUAGUAAUUUCUUGAGUAGUUUGCUGUUACAUAAAUGAAUUAAAGCAAAUGCUAAAUCACCUGCUCAAGCUUUACUGACCUCUUAGUGAUUAUUAAAUAAUUAUAAUUGAUCAUUAAUAGCCUGAAACAGUAGUUUCAUGCUAAAACAGCAUGUAAAAUACUGUAUUUCUAGCAAACUUUAAUUUUAAAUAGCUCUAGAGUUUUAAUCAUUUAGUUGAAACUGUAAUUUUCUGGGAGAUUAAAUGAUCUCCUAACCAUGCCGUGAAGAUUUCUUACAUCUGUUUCAGAUGAGUUAAGUACUGAAUAGUGAAGUCACAUUUGACUGUUUAAUUAGCAAUAAUAAAUAAAGACAAAUAGGUCAAUAAUUUUAACUUCACUAUAAUGUGUUUCCAUGUGUCAGAAUCAGAAACUAGGUGUUGCUGUAAUUUUAUUUUUCUAUGCAGGUUUGACACAAAUAAAUGUUAAAUAUAUCUAAAAUAAAUUCCCCUUUUUAGAUUUAGUAUGUCUAAUUUUAUAGGGUUUAAAUAGUCAAGUAGUGUUUUUCCCAGUUAAAUUAUUAAAUACUCCCUAAACUAUGAAUUUUAGGCGUUUUUAAAAUUGUAAAGGAAAAAGUAAAUUUUUUUUUUUUUUGCAUUUGCUAGUAUUUAUUAUUGUGCUUAUUGCAUAAACCACGUUAUUUAAAGCCAAACUCACACAGCAGUCAAAAAUGUCAAAAAGAUCUCAGAUUCAUAUUUUUGUGGGAGCACCCAGUAUUCCGAGCCUGCUGGAGGGGUUAGAGCAGAGUAGUUCAGCCCCUGCUGGUGAGAAAUGGCGAGAACUGCACUGUUUGUGUGAUACACGUGGGUUUGUUUCUGCAGAGGUCCAGGGUGCUGCUGCCCCCUCGGUGCCCCAGGCAGAAAGCUCCACACUCACAGGAGUCCCUGCAAGUGGGAACAGCACUCAGCAGGGCAGGUUCAUGGCAAAAGAAGGAAAAGAUUUGACAUCUCCUGCCCCUAUGGCAGUAACUUGUACCAGCACAUUUAAAAAGAGCACAAGUUUAACUUGCUCUGAUGGUCAAGUAUCCAAAGAUAGAUGCACACCUGCAGGUGUAAGUCAGGCUGCAGGGGAGCACCUGCCCCAGAGCUGUGCAGAAUCAGCUGGACAAGGGAAGCCAUCACGUGCCUGCUGCCCAGACCUCACUGAGAGAAAAGCCAGUCCUUUGGAAGUUAACAGCUCUGGCAUUCCUGCUUUGGUUGCCAGUAGUGAGCAGGUCAGCAUCCAUCUACGGUCCUUGGGACUUCAGGCAGGUCACAGAAGUGAACAUCAUGAACAUCUAAGUCAAUGUAUGGAUCUGUGUUUCCAAGAAAGUCUGGAGUCCAAACCAAAAGAACAGAAGGUCUGUGCAGACUCUGCAGUGUCAGCAGACACUGAAUUUCGUAGUGUAGUGACUUUGAGUCAGGUGGCUGUUUUUGCACAGAAUGAAAUGCAGGAAAGAAUUGUAAAACUAUCAGAAAUAGAAGCAGAUAAAAAAGCUGAAGAACGACAGUAUAAUCACUUCCAAUGUGAUUCUGGUUUUGGAACAUGUACUACUAAUGUGACUGAAAAUGAAUAUAAGGAGGAGGAUGCAAGUUCUCUUGAACUUUUCAGUUCCGAGGAUGAUGGGGAAAAUGUUUGGAUUAAAGCUACAAGACAGGAAGAAAGUGCUCAGGAAAAUGCAGAAAAGUUUCAAGAACUUAAUGUUCCUGCUGAGCAAUUUGUAAAUGAAAUCCAUAUUGAGCCAUUGAGUUCUGGAAUACUGUGCUCUCAAGGGAACUGUUCUCAAAAGAACUCCUCUAAAAGACCCCGCAAGUAUGAAGAUUCCUUUCCUCUUUUUCACUCCACAUUUAAAAGACAGGUGAAAUCCAAGAGAGCUAAAUUGACUUCUUCUCCACCUGGUUCUGGGGUGAGAGUGGAUCCAGACAGGAUGACAGAGUUCAAGAAACUCCAGAAGAAACUAUCACUACUUAAGAAUUGCUGCAUCAAAAAUCAAAAGUACAAUAUUUUGGUCACAGUUGUACAUCCGUCUCAUAUCAAAGAAAUACAGAUGAAGACUAAACCAAAAUCUUCGUGUAAGGUUCCUGUAGCAACAAUUGUUGUUACUGACCAGUCAGAAACUGAGAAAAAGGUGGUGCUGUGGCGUGGUGCUGCAUUUUGGUCCCUCACUGUGUUUCCUGGGGAUAUCGUACUGCUUACAGAUGUAAUAAUGUAUGAGAAUCAUUGGUGCGGAGAGGUCAUGCUUCAGUCUACAUUUACCAGUCAGUUACUGAAUCUGGGGAACUGCUCAGCUCUCAAUCCAGAAGAAUUUUAUCCUCUAGUGGAUGGUGGUGUUCUCCUUGGCUUAUUGGCAUACAUCUCAUCAGAAUUUCCACACUUCAGAGACAUUCCACAGCGACAAGUUCAGAGACUGGAUGAUGUUCGGUAUGUGCAGCUAGAUCAGCUCCAGCCAAAUACUUUGGUGCACUCAAUCCUGAAAAUUACCAAUAUUUCUGUGUUAACAGAGUCUGUGUACAGCUACAGAGGUGGCAGCCAAAGAAAAGUUAUUCUAACAGUAGAACAGAACAGAGAUCAACCCUGUAGGAUGGUUCUGUGGGGAGCAGGGGCUGCCUGGUGCCCCCAGCUUCAGAGGAAAAAAGACCACAUAUGGGACUUUAAAUACCUUCUGGUCCAACAUAGUUCUGUCUCAGGUGACUUGGAACUGCACACGACUCCCUGGUCAUCCUAUGAGUGCUUGUUUGAUGAUGACAAAAGGGCAGUUGAAUUUAAGGAAAAGUUUCAGAAAAGUCAAACAUCCCUCAUGGAGUUGACAAAGCUCUCGGCACACCUGGAAGAAAAAUGCUCAGGAGUGAUUCAAGUGAAAGCCCAUAUCUUGGAACUGAAAUUUACCAUUUCCACUGGUCAGUACAAGCAACUCAUCUUCUCUGCUGACACUUCACUGGAAUGUGUUUUGGCUUCUCUGCCUAUGAUUACAUAUUCAGGUUGUGCCAAAUGUGGUUUGGAGCUACAGGCAGAUGAGAACAUGAUCUACAAGCAGUGUAUUAGAUGUUUGCCAUACAGCAAAGUAAAAACAUUCUACAGACCUGCUUUGAUGACAGUAGAAGAUGAAGGAUAUGAAAUUUAUGUUCAUGUGGUGUCUGAGUUACUGGAAAAAAUCUUCCUCAAUAUUCCUGCAGACUGGCUGAAGAGAUCAGUAGUGCCCUCUUCAGAUAUAACUUACAGCACAAUAGUAGCAGAUCUGUGUCAUUCACUGCUGGCAGAUACAGAAGCAUCCUAUUUGCUGGAAAUCAGAAGCCACUUUGUGCUAGAUGACAACAGCUAUCCUUUACAAAAAGAUUUCCAUCUGCUUAAUUUUCAUCCUGAUCUUUGACCUCUGCACUUACUGAGUAACAAAGACCAUAAGGACACACAGAUAUGAAGCAGAAGAAAAAUGACUUAGCUGAAGGAAGCAAUCUCUAUAAUAUAGGACUUUGGUUUUAACUUACGGAAAAAGCAAAACCAUCAAAAGGACUGGUAUGGAAUAUCUGCUGAUAGUAUAUACUGUGGGAGUAAUACUAAUGAAUUUUCAUAAAGUAUAUUUUUAUACAUGUAUUUUUAUGUUAAUAAUUAUGUUAAUAAACUCCAGCAAUUUCUUUAGUAUCUGAA